AUGACCAUGCAGAGUGACAGGUCCUGCAUGACCAUCCCGAGCCAGAGUCCCCUAUAUAUGAAGGACCACUGUCAAAUUGAAGCCAUCCUGGCCUUAGCCGGCAGGACGAUUGCCAGCCGCAGCAGGUCAACUGUUGGUGGGGGGAUGGCAGCCGUCGGUGGGGCGACCGGUGGUGGUGGGGCGACCGGCAGUGGUGGCCGGAUGACUGGCGGCGGUGAGGCGACCGGCGGCGGCCGGACGACCGGCAGCGGGGUGACUGGCAGUGAUGGGGUGACCGGCGGCGGCCUGACGACCGGCGGCAGGGUGAUUGGCAGUGGUGGGGCGACCGGCGGUGGGGUGAUUGGCAGUGGUGGGGUGACUGGUGGUGGAUGGAUGACUGGCGGCGGGGUGACUGGUAGUAGUGGGGCGACUGGCGGCGGCCGGACAACCGGCGGCGGGGUGACUGGCAGUGGUGGGGCGACCUGUGGUGGCCGGACGACCGGCAGCAGGGUGACUGGCAGUGGUGGGGCGACUGGCGGCGGCCGGACGACCGGCGGCGGGGUCACUGGCAGUGGUGGGGCGACCGGUGGCGGCUGGACGACCGGCAGCAGGGUGACUGGCAGUGGUGGGGCGACUGGUGGCGGCCGGACAACUGGCGGCGGAGUGACUAGCAGUGGUUGGGCGACCGGUGGCGGCCGGACAACUGGCGGCGGAGUGACUAGCAGUGGUGGGGCGACCAGAGGGCUGUUCAGGAUACCCUGCUCUACUAAUAUCUAUCUACAGUGCUGCUUUUCGGGAUACUGUACAAAGUGUUGGAUUAUGCAGCAUUUCAGAACGAGAGGAAAGGUCAGCAGAGGUCUAUCAGGAGACCACAAAAUAUAG